ACUGAUAUGCAAUCAGCUGAUCAUAUUUAAUAAACAGAGAAUCAAAAUUAAAUACACGUGUUAGGAAAUUUGUUUUUUUAACAGCAUAAAACGUGAAAAUAUACAUUUAAAUUGCUAAUUACGUUACCCGUGCCCUCAUGAUGGACGCUGUUUAUGGAGUUUAUAAUAAGACCUCAUCAGAAAAGGUUAAUCUGAAGGAAUAUUUUGAUCAAUAUUCUAAACUAGUCAACUGCAAGGAACUUCAUGACCUGAGGACCAAAGCUCUCAAUCCCUCUGGGAAUUUUUUACAAGGUCAACUCCCUGAUGAGGAUUUCAAAUUUCUGGCAGAGUAUUGCAGUGUCGACAACUUAACGGUACCUGGUGAAGUUCCAAAGUGUAUGGAUCCUCGUACAAUGAGACGUAAAGAGAUUUAUGAAACUGAAGAUAUUCCAGAUGAUGUUGGUCUACAGACACUUGUGGAGUUAAAGAAAAGAUUGAAUUCCAAACAGUCUAAUACCAUCAACUCCAUAAAAUAUCGGAGCGAGACUUAUGUUCAACACGAUGUGGCAAAAUCAGCAGGUCCUCUUGCCAAACCAGGACAAGAUACUUUAAUAUAUAUUCGUGUCUACAAUCCUUUUAUGCAUAGAAAUACAGGCGUGGACAAGCCCCAAAAGAUUUCUUUAAACUGCGUUAUAGUUAUGCUUGGAUUCCAAACACUAGAUAAAUUGAGAGACAAAAUAUCUUGUAUAUCUGAUUUAUCUGUAUCUACCGACGUCAGUAAACAUCCUAUUAGAAAAGCAGGACCUUCAGCAAAGGAGCUAUACAAAUCUGGUUUUUUUUACAUCGAAGAUACAUUUUACAACGACUUUCGGGAUCCGACAAAUGAGGAUUAUAGUAAAGUUAUUCGUGAUUGGGCAGAGACCAGAAAUUUAGGUCCCUUCAAGACAGCAUCGAUGGCAGAUGUUCGUGUGGACUCCUUAUCAGUGAGAUUUGGCUUUCCCUGGGUCUAUCAGCACCAAGCCUCUUGCGAACACCUCAUUGUAUUUAGUGAUGCUCGUUUAAUAAACUUUGAUGACAACCUGGAUGUAUCCAGUUACCCAAGAAUACACAGAAUAAGGCCUCGACCUUCUCGAUAUUGUAUGAUGUGUGGUGUACAUGCUGUUCGAUGGAUCACAACAAACAAUGACAGAUUACCUCACAAUCCUUGCUUCUUUUGUGACACUUGCUUCAAGUCCUAUAACUACGUGAAGGGAUCGCACGAAGAAGAUGGCAAUUAAUCCAAUAUAGAGUGACAAGAGUGUUUUGCGCCAGGACACGUGCCCAUAGAGUUUUUCCAAACCCGUUGCAAACAGUAGACAAUAUCCAGCAGAAGGAAUGUAAAGAGUUCUUUCAGCAAGAACAAAACCCACGUUGAAAAAAAUA